UUUUCAUGUUUCCGCCCUAGAGAAAAAGUUUCAUGAUCGACCCCCAGGAGAACAGAAAACAAACGGAAACAGUUGACGCCGUUGUUAAACGUCAUUUGGAUGCGCUGUCAGUGCUGCCACCAUGCCACACUGAUCCACGGAACGGACCCACGUUCUCGAUUCGAUGCUCAGCCGCUCCAGGCUCUCAUUUCAGAGUUGGAAGUUACUCACAAAGGAUGAUGUCAUAUUCUACCUAUACAAACGUGUGUAUGAACUGUAGCGACAUACAUACUGUGACGAUUAUACCCUAUUGGAUGCUCAACUACUGCUCGGAGUUAUCACAUGGUUUUCCGGAAACACCCUUUAAACAUAAAUCUGCAAUACGUGAUGAAUUGAUAGCAGACUUGAAAAAAGCGACGACUCACGGUGAAUAUUUACAACAGUCUGAAAUUCAGGAAAAAAUCGACGCUCUUUGUAAAUGGAUGUGCACAGCACCUAAGAAAAGCAUUUAUAGAUUAGAUCGUUUUACGGAUUAUUAUACGAACGAUUUGGAUAAUUUACGCAAAGCAUUGAAGCAGGAUGACAAACCAGAUCCAUCUAUUCACGUCUUACCUGAUCUUCCAAAUGGAAUAGUUGCAGUCGACAGUUGGGAUUCAUUGGUAUCUCUUGAUUUGAGGAGAUAUCCAGAUGAAAUUAUCGUUGACGCUAUUUGUGGUGCAGCUGUGCUAAGAGGAUCUCACGUUUAUGCUCCUGGCAUUAUUGGAAUGCCAAAUGGUUUAAUCAUUAAUACUAAAGUCAGCGUUUUCGCUGAUGUCACUGGGCAAUGUAAGAAAGGUUUGAUCAAACCAUAUGCAAAUAGCAACAAGGCAUAUUUAGGUAAUGGCAUUCUUCGACAAACAAGAAAAGAGUUAUUUUGCAAAGUAUCAAGAAAUCCAUGUGGUGUUGCAAUAAUUAUGACUGAUGUAAUCUCACGAAUUCCGCAAUUUAAUAUAAAUGAUGAAUCUUUGCGACCACAUGCACUGUUGCAAAAUUUGCCAUCUAUUAUAUGUAGCCUAGUUUUAAAUCCUCAACCUGAUGAAACGGUUUUGGACAUGUGUGCUGCACCUGGUAACAAAACCACGCAUAUUUCCCUACUUAUGAAAGGACAGGGUACAAUAAUAGCUCUGGAGAAAAAUCCAGGUAAAGUAAGACGAUUUAAGGAAAAAUGCAAUGAUAGAAACAUAAAAAUAUUUUGUUACGAUGCUACAAAGGCUGUCAUUGCACGCGAGCACAGUUUCGUCCAUACCGAUGACGGACCUCCAUUCGAAGAAAAUUAUUUCGAUCGUAUUCUCUUAGAUACCCCAUGCAGCGCGUUAGGUCAAAGACCGCAAUUGUACAAUACAAUCACAUCGGCGCAACUUCGUUCUUAUAUUCCCCUGCAGCGAAGUCUCUUUUCUGUUGCCGUUCGUCUUUUGAAACCAGGGGGGACAUUGGUGUAUAGUACCUGUACUGUCACAAUAGCAGAGAACGAAGGAAUUAUCGCUUGGGCAUUGAAGCAAUUUCCAAAGUUGAAAUUAGAAUCUGUUAAAGAUGAAAUAAAAACAGACAAAUAUGGCAUUCAGGGAUAUGUCAUAGAUGGUUUAACGAAUGAGGAUGCAAAGAAAGGUCAACCAUGAUAGUAAAUUGAGAAUAAUUGGGUCUUGCCGUCAAUUGGAAUCUGGUUGAAGAAUUGCUCGCGUUUUGUAGCAUCACAACUUUCUAUAAUGGGAGAUCGGGAAAGGGAAGAGAGAAAGAGGGGGAAGGGAGGAAUCGAACAUUAUUUAAAAAAUUACUUUCCAUAAUGCAUACCUGGUAUAAUUUAUUCGACUCAUAGUUGCGAAAUUCCACGGAGUUAGGGAUUGCAAUUAAGACCGUUUUUUGUAAUUUUGUUUUUGAGCUUCUACUUUUCUUUGGUCGUCUAACUGACGACGGAAUUGUGUGCGAGUCGACUUUUCUGAGGACGAUAAAGAUAAUAAAUGUGAUACGUAACAUAUAAUUAGUUUGAGCUAUUAAUAUUCAAAAGUCAUUGAGAGAAAUAUAACAAAAAAAUAGAAAUUUUUUAAUAUACCUGGCAUGAAAAUUUGUCAUGUCAUGAGGAUUAUAGAUAAGGUAGAGGUUUUUGAUAAUAGGGUUUGUUGUAGGGUAACGUUUUGAAAAUAGACUAAUUUUUUAAAAAGUUACAAUUUUACGUUUAUUACAUGUUAAAAACGAUAUCAAUGGGAUUAUACGCGUGAUGGACUUGAUAAUUAAACAUAUGACAUAUUCCAGCGUAUUCUAAAUAUUCUAAACACACGAAGUAAAAAUAAAACAUUGUCGGCAUGUAGGACGUCAUUUCCCAUCUUUUUUGGUUAAAAUUGUUUAUAAAACAAAAAAAAAAAAAAAAAAAAAAA